AGGGCUGACGGGUCUAGGCCCCUUAGAAAAUGACAACCACCCCAAAGGAGAUUUGAGCGGACGUGGAUGGACUGUCGGGACAGGGGUAAUAGUCUUGAGACCAGGUGUCUGUGGUCAUUGCUGCUCAGCUCCGGGCUUCAACGAAUAGCAGUACAAUGGGCAUGUCAACAGCCCAUGCCUCCAAGUGUCUGCUGACGGAGUGUGCCUGCUAAGGAAAUAUAAGACCCGACCCUGAAUCCAAGACCUUUCGCCUUUAAGUUUUAGGACCAGCGACUUCAAAUCACAUAGUUUAUCCAACGAUGGCUUCCCACCCGCCCCCGACGUGGGUUGAGGCGUCACAUCUCCUUCCAGCAGAGGGCGGCCCCAAAGCCAAUCCCGUUCAAUGGCAGCAACAAGUCCACUCCGACGCGGACACAGAUGUCCACCACCCCGGCCAGUAUCCCUCCUCUGUCCUCGCCCGUCCACCUCACAAGUCUACAUUCAUCCAGAGACUUUGUGCGACCUGGAUUUUCGAACUGUUCGGCUUGGUGGUUUCGGCCGCCGGCUUAACCGCGAUGGUGUACGUCCUUUGGCGCUAUGAUGGGCAGAGGAUCCCCAACUGGGGGUCGUUGUCCUUCAACACCCUCAUAUCGAUCCUCGCCGUCGUGUCCAAGAUGGCGGCCCUGUACGGGGCUACAAGUGCCAUCAGCCAGCUGAAAUGGGUUUGGUUGACCGACCAUGGCAAGAGUCUUAUCGACUAUAAGACGUUUGACAGCGGAAGCCGGGGCGUGACUGGCGCUGCUAUGCUGGCUUGGUCUCUCAAGGGGCGGAGCGUCGCGGUUCUCGGAGCACUCGCCAUCAUGAUUGGUGCCGCCGCCGGUCCUUUCGCUCAGCAAAUCGUCCAUUUCUACGACCAUGAAUACGUCGAUGUCGCCCAAACCGCAUGGCUAGCCAGAGCCGAUGUCGUCGACUCUCUUGGUCCCAAGCUUGACUCCACAACCUGGUCGAUCGACCCUACUUUCAAGGCCAACGCCAUCACCGCCCUCUUCGUCCCUACCCAAGAAACUCUCUCCCAGCCACGCUUCAAUUGCCCUACAAAUAACUGCACCUGGGCGCCCUUUUCCACGCUCGGCUUCUGCCCGACCUGCGCCGACCUCUCCCCCCAACUCAAGCGCACCUGUGAGACUCUCACCGACUCAAACAACAUAACCACGGUGCAAGCCUGCACCGUUACGUUCCCGGGUGAAAACGAACCUCUCAGCCUCUACUACAUCGCUGACCCCAACUUUGGCGGUUCAUCCACCUACAUGGUCCUCAGCUCAACCGUCCCUACCAACGCCACCGUUCUCACCAACGUCACAUGGCCACAAACAAUCUAUCAGUCCAUCCGCGCCGUCGUGCCCCCGCAACAACUAGGCGGCACUCAAAACCCAUAUCUCGAAACCACAGGCGAACUCGUCAAUAACGGAAUCCACGUACUCCAAACCGACACCCGCUUCAUCGGCUCCGAAUGCGCCUUAUCCCCUUGCGUCCGCCGCGUGCAGGCCUCGGUAGCUCGCGGUGAGUAUUUCGAAAAAGUACUCGACACCUUUUCCGACUUUGGCGAGUAUAGCUAUGGUGACUCAAUCGUGCUCUCCCCUCCUUGGGAAGAAGGCAAGAAUUACACUAUACAUCCAAGAUGGCUGGAUGCCGUGUCCGUCACUUCCAUUUACGGCGGACACGAUCCACUUGGGGGGCAACUGAUGGGAACGGUUUCCACGCAUGAUUCGAACCAGGCAAUUCGCGUGCACGAUAUUCCAGCUUUUGGCGCAAGCCCCAGACAGAACGACGCUUUGCAGGCUGUGUUUUAUGCCGAUUUCAAUGGCACUACGUGUCCUACGCCCGAUGAUAAUGUGGUUUGUGCGUUUCGAGCGCUGGGGGCGGCCAUGACGAAGUCAGUAAGGGAUGAGGCUGUGUUGAGGAAUGGGACGGCGGUGCCGUAUGUGGCGGAGGGAGAAGUCAUUAUGACAGGGACAUAUAUACGCGUUGAGUGGCCUUGGUUUGCGCUGCCAGCUGCGAUUUGGUUCUUGAGUCUGGUUACGGUUGUUGUGGCCAUGUGGAAAUCGAGGGGUUUGCCGCUUUGGAGGGAUAGUGUAUUGCCGCUAGUGCUGCUUUGUGGGGAGCAUGCGGAGACGGCUGUGUGGUUGGAGGAGGCGGCGUUAAGCGCGAGGGCGGAGACGGUUAAGGUUCAUUUAGUUGGUAACGAGGGGAGCGGGUUGAGAAUUGUGACCAAGAGCCUUUGAUU